AAUGCAAGCUGCGAAAUAGUGUGAUGUGAUGCUGAACUUGAGCAGUAUCGAGCUUGAGCAGGCCUUAAAAAUGCUUCACAUCAGGCCCGGUGUGUCAAGUAAGUGUUCAUAAAUAAUGUCUCCUUGUGUUUUGACUGCCAAGCUGCAAAGCACUGGGACAUAUCCAGUCUCAUGAGCUGAGCCGCAAGUUCAAAAACAGCACCACAGUGAAGAGCUGGGUGAGGCGAGUAGCAGGGGUUUGCCACAGAGACAAGAUGUAAACAUUACAACAUAUCUCACUCGGUGGCAGCAAAACAAGGAGGGGCUGGAGGUAGAGCAGGAUGACAGCCAUAAUAACCCGCUUAACCACAUCCCGGUAAACACGCACUGCAAACCUCCACAAAACAACAUCCAGGCAGCGAUCAGAAAGAGGAGCAGAGCUGUUACCUGAUUGUUAAUAUGCAAACAUAAGAUCACUGAUAUCUCCCCCGUGGUGUUCACAUCUCGUCAGGCUAAGUGCGGCAUCCCACGGUCAGCUGUUCCCGUGUGGAACAUUCCGUGGGUUUCACCACUGCUGCGAAAAAGGUGCGGAACAUCACACCGUCGUAAUACCACGACCCUCUGUCUGGAUACUGUGUGGGCUUGGGGCUUUGCGACCCCGUUGCUACUCCUCUAAUCACCGCCUUUUCGCUGUAGGAGUCGGUAAUCCGGCCUACGGGUGUUUAGAGUUUCUGCGGUUCCCCGUUACACCCCCCUGUCUCUUAUUUCCAGAGCUGAGAGCCGGCGCCAGGCUGCCAUUUUUACCGUAAUACACAGACCAGAGCAGCUCAGUGUUGCUGGAAAACUCGCUGAUUAAAAAGCGUUCAUUUGUACCCACGGGGAGAAGCUUACUAAGACCCUUUAUUACUAAGUAAGCCUUAAUAGCGUAACAUAUGUUGUUACUAUCAAUUACAAUUGUGCGAUAAAUGUAGCUGUAUGUUUUGACAACAUCACAGUUUCCAUUCAGGGCACAAGAAGACCCACCCCUUCCCGUGAGUGGACUGAAGUGGGAGGAGAGCGACUAGUGCCCAGCAGUUCAUGUUGUUGUUCCUCCAUUAAUGUAAAAUUCACAAGCAAAGCUGGAUCUAAAACUCAACGAAUCAUGUGACGGUUAUAACUGGGAGCAACAAGAGCCAAAGGUCUCAUCCAGGCAUCAGUAAAAGAGAAGUUUCCCUAUGAACGUCUUCUGUCAUGGAGGGGAUCCUAGGAAGUAUUCUGCUGUUGAGCCUUAUCAGCUUAACAUAUGCUAAUACCAGUCCUACAAUCCAGGAGACGACUUACCAUUUGUGUGAAGACAUCCCGCCAGGUGGCGAAGCGUUUAUUAUACAUGCAACAGACGCGGAAGAUGAUGUCCUGACUUAUUCACUCAUUGGGCCCAAUGCUAGAUACUUCAGCGUCGGCAAACACGAUGGGACUGUAACAGUCGCAAAUCCGCUAAAUAUCCCGGAUUCUUUCCAAAUGCGUCUUGGAGUUGAGGUCUCUGAUGGUCCAAAUACUACACCAAAAGAGUUAAUUCUAAUAUUUAAAGAGGCCAACAACAACCCACCAAUAUUCCAGGAGGGGUCAUAUGAUAAAGUGAUUGCAGAAAAUACCGCUGUAGGCGCAACUUUGUUUAAGGUGAAGGCCGUUGAUGAAGAUACUGGAACUGCUGGUGUUAUUAAUUACAGCAUCGAUCAAGUUACUCCAAAUGAAGGAUCAAGUGUGUUCAGCAUCGAUGCAGCUGGUAACGUCAAAUUAGCAGAAAGUCUGAAUUAUGCUUCACUAAGCAGUUUCUACCGUCUUAGGAUCAAUGCAACAGAUGGUGGGGGCAAGUGUCAUUAUGCCCAAAUAAACUAUUUCUCCAGUGUUGUUUAUUCCUUCAUUACGGUGGAGGACGUCGCAGAUCUCGACCCUAAGUUCCUCGGUGUUCCCUAUCUAGGGAGAGUUGAGGAGAACUCUCUGGUGGACAAAUUUGUGUUUAAAGUGAUCGCCUUAGACCAAGACAUUGGAAUUAAUGAUGUGAUCAACUACAGCAUUGAAAAUUCGACAGCAGCUGGCCUGUUUAAAAUCUCAAAAGACGAGGGCAUCAUUUCUGUGAUGUCACCAAUUGACAGAGAACUUGUUGGGGAUACUGUUACCCUGACUGUAAAGGCCACCGAGUCUAAUCCAAACAUCCAUGGGACACUAGCCAGCACCACAGCAGAUGUACUGAUCAGCAUCAUUGACGUCAAUGACAACGAGCCUGCGUUUUAUAAAUGUGACGGCUCAAGAGACUCCUGUGUACCAGCAAGCCACUUCACAGGAGAGGUCCUUGAACACGCACUGGGGGCCAUAUCCAUCAACAUGACGGUCAAAGACCCCGAUAAGAUUUCUCGCACUAAACUAAUUCUGGAGGGAAAUGACAAGGACGUGUUCUCUGUGGAACCUCAAUUUACGUCGUCAGAUAGUAUCGUUCAGCUGCUGGUCAAGCAGCCCAAACUGCUGGACUUUGAAGAGAUACAGCAAAUAGUUCUGCAGGUGGUUGCCAUAGAUGAAGAUAAACCAACCUUCAGCACCACUGCUACAGUUACUAUUUCCAUCAAGGACGCCAAUGACAACAGCCCCACGUUCCCACAUGACACAUAUAAGCUGAAUGUGUCUGAGCACUCUCCUGAUGGGACGAUAGUGGCCAAGAUCACUGCAGAGGAUCCUGACACAAUGGACCAGGGCAACAUCACCUACAGACUUCUUCCAGAAAGCAUACGACUGUACUUUGACGUGAAGCCACAAACGGGCUCAAUUUAUGUGAAAAACAUGACUCUGUUGGAUCGAGAGGUCCGAUCUCUGUAUUCAGCGACUCUGGAGGCCAUAGACACAGGCGGGAAGCCCGGCAACACAGUGCUGGAGAUCACUGUGACCGAUAUCAAUGACCAGAAGCCAGUCUUCAACAGAGAAUCCUACCUGGCGUUUGUGGAGGAGGGGGGAAAGCUUGAAGUUAAGAUCGAGGCGACUGAUGCCGAUGACUCUGAUACAGAAAACAGCCAAAUCGUGUAUGGAAUUAUGCAGAGCAGGUUCAGUGACAACUUCACCAUCAACCCAAACACUGGCGUGUUGACAAACAGAGGCGAGCUGGAUCGAGAGGACCUGGACCCGAAGCUGAAUGGGAGGAUCGAACUCAACGUAACUGCUACUGACAAAGGAACUCCCCCAUUGUCCUCUGUGGUCCCAGUUAUCAUCAAUGUAGAGGAUAUCAAUGAUAAUGUUCCGCUGUUUGAGGCCUCGUCUUAUAAUUUCUCUGUUAAAGAAGGAGAAAGAGGUGCAUACGUGGGCUCUGUCUAUGCUGAGGAUUUGGACCAAACGACAGACUUCAAUCGCAUUUCUUUCAGCAUAAUCGAAGGAAGCUUCGGCAGCUUCAUCAUUCGCACCUUUGCAGACGAGAGGGGCUACAGGGGGAACAUCACUGUGGACCCGGACAUUGAAUUGGACUACGAGAGCACCCGGAAGCAAUUCAGACUGAGGGUCGAGGCAAUAGAUCUUGAGCAAAAGACAGCUGUGACGACGGUGGAGGUGUACGUGCUGGACGUGAACGACGAGAGGCCUGAGUUCACGCCGACGGGGCCUGUGACGGUGAAGGAGAACACCACUGUCAGUGGAGCCAUUGGGAGUUUCACUGGCCAGGACAAAGACGGAAAUCACUCACUGGUUUAUGAACUGGAAUCCAUCAAAUGCAGAUGCAACGGCUCUCUGAUACCCUGCAACUGGUUUAUCCUCGAUCCAACGGGGGAAGUGAGACUGAACCUGUCGUACACAGUGGACUAUGAACAGUGUGACCAGGCGGUGAUCGAGGCCCUGGUGGUGGACGAGUUCACAGAGAAGGGGGAAAACAACAGUGUUACAACAGGAGAGCUGGUGAUCAACAUCGUAGACAUCAACGACAACGCUCCUGAAUUCAUUCCCUCAGAUUCUGUAUUUGUUGUGGUGUCUGAAAGUGCCAGUAAAGGGACGUCAGUUGCAGGAGUCACUGCUAUAGAUGGUGACUCUGGAGUUAACAGGCAGAUUGACUUUAAAGUAACAGCAGUCCAGUUCGAAGACACCAACAAUCUCACAACUAACAUGAGAUUGCUGUUUGAGGCCGUCACCACACAGCAGAAGGAUAUUUAUGUUGGGAUUAUUCAAACUACUGAGGGACUGGAAAUGUCACUGAAGGGGAAAUAUUUAGUAACGGUGACUGCAACUGAUACUGGUGGCAUGUCCAGCAACACCGUACUGGAGAUUUUCUCAGUUGAUGAAUCGUAUAAAGUCGAACUUCAGUUUACAAGAACCGUAGAGCAAGUUGAACAGGAUCGCGAUAAAAUCAUCAGGUCUCUCACUACUGCCACCAAUGCUGCUGUUGAAGUUGUCUUAAUCAGGCCUGAAACUGAAGACACAUCCAGAGCUUCACCUAUCACUGUGAUGGUGGCGUAUUUCGUCUACUCCAACGGGACAGCUCUCACCUCCAAUGAAGUGGAGAGGAUGGUCUCUGGUCCUGAGCAUUAUCCUGUACUGGCUGACCUUGGCCUCAGAUACAUUGGGCAGCCUCCUACGACCGUAGUAGCAGUAGAUACUGUGAAGUACGUUCUGUUCGGGAUGGUGGGAGGCCUCAUCAUCGUGCUGGGGAUCCUCACCACCUCUCUCAUGUGCACCCGCAGAAACUACGGGAGGAAGCUGAAGGCCGCUAAAGCUAUGAAUUCUGCGUCCAUGAUGACGUCUGACAACCAGAAGGGUGGCGCUGUGGUGCCUGGAACCAACAAGUACACCAUGGAGGGAGCCAAUCCAGUUCUCAACCUCCACAUGGUCCUGGACUUGGACGAGGAGAGCUCAGAUGUGGACAAAGUCAGUCUCAAUUCCCUCGACCUCACUGAAGACAUGGGCCUUCCUGGAAAUCAUAUAAAAACAAACAUGCUGAUGAUCGAGGAGGAAGAGGAGGAGGAGGAGGAGUACAGCGGACCACCAGAGUACAUUGAGCCUCUGGGUGCAGCGCUGGCCCAGCGGGGCCAGAAGAGAGACCAACCUCAUGUGGGUUACAGUAACCCGGUCUUCAGCACCACAGAUCUGUGAUGGAGAGAAUGAAGAGAGAGGCACCAAGCUCAGGCUUCAGAUGGACACAUGUUGCUUCUCUGACUAGAUCGACCAAAUAACUAAUCAAACAAAUAGAGCCUCGUCUUGUGCCUGGCCAAACAGAAAUUUCCUUGCUGGUUGUCGUUUUCCUAUCUUGCGCCGCGUUUAAAUAGUAAAUGCAAUUGCACCAUGUUGUUAGAUCUUUGAAAUAGAGCAUUUAGUUUUGCAUUAAGAGCUUAUCUUUAUAUGAUUUUGUGUUCUGACCAAUAAGGGAAAUCAUGUCUCACUAUGGAAACAAUACAAUGGACACCAUUUUACUAUCCUAUACUCUACUCUCUUUUUUCCUAAACAAUAUUGAGUAUUACAACUUUCAUAUCAUUCUGUUUUAGAUUAAAUUGAAAAACUUAUAGCAGAGAAGAGAAAGAAAACCAAAUCAGCCUUCCAGAAUCUCGAAUACAACAACAUUAACAAUGAUAAUAAUAAUAAUAACCAAAUGAAGAUGAUCGUGUAAAGAAAACCCAUGAGAGCAAAAAAAAAUUGUGAGAAAAUAAAAUAUUAGCUCAAUGUUGGAGGGAUAUAUAUGUGUCAAUAAUUGAAAUAGACCUUGACAGAAAAACUUACUCCUGAUCUGGACAGAGAGAAUCCAGAAAAAAUCAACAGAAAAAAAACAAAACCAUUAUUUGUUGCACACAUACGUUUAUUUUGUUCGUAUAUUAAGCGAUGGAUUAAAAAUUGUUCGGUUUGCUUUGAAACUAACUGUAUUAUAAGAUAUGCCAACACAUUGUUAUUUAAUUUUUUUGUCACAGCUGAUGCUCCCAGAAAGAAAAUCAAACAAGAGGUACACAUAAGAAUCUAACAUCAUGUAUGAAUGAAAUCCUGCUUGUCAGCCUCAAGGUUUGACCUCAGGAACGUUCUGUUAAAAGAGUUUUAUCUGGGUUCAAGACACUUGUUGCAGAAAUGAAACCUCAUGCAGUGACACUUAGUGACGUCAAGCAGCAGAUUGAACGGAUAAUUUCACUGACAUCUAAAUGAAUGUAUUACAAGUGCAAUCUGUGAAUAAAAGCAUUUUCUUCCA